AUGGUCCCCGCGUCCGCUACAAGCCGCAACAAUAGCGCUAAUAGCACCUCCAAUACACCCUCGUACAAACGCGGCUACGUCGCGUGCAUCGGGUGCCGCACGCGCAAAGUCCGCUGCGUCCUCGGGUCCAAGCCGCCCUGCGCGAAAUGCCAGCGCGAGCACCGCGAGUGCGUGUUUCAGAAGGGAGAGCGGACGGGGAGGAGGCGUGAGGCGCCAAAGUGGGCGAGGGCUCAAAGUCAGAGUCAGAGGGGUGGCAAUUCGACUCCGACUCCGACGCGAGAGGAUGAGCGGAGUGACGAGGCGCGAUCGGAACGUAGCCGGCGCGAGUCAGUAGCCGAGCAUCAAGACCGCAAUCCAAUUGACGACGGCAACGGCAACGGCACCGGGACUCUGGGGAUCCAUGGCGAGGCAGAGGACUCGCCGCUGACCGACCCGGUCAUGUCCACCAUCUUCACGCGGCCGAGUGAUGCGCUGGAUGUGCUUUUCGAUGCGGCUCGGCCGGGGCCGGUGCAGGAGCCGCAUGGAGGACCCUUUUCCGCCGACGGACCCUUUGGUGUGUCUAGUCUUGUUUCGGAGAGUGGCCUUGUCGCGGUCUCUGCGCUGUCGCAGCCGAGUGAGGAUGUUCUUGAUCUGUGGGACAAGUGUCGCUUCGUGCGGCAGGGCUGGUUUACAGGGCAAGAGGCAGUUACGUAUCUCGAUCUGCUGUAUCGCUAUCUCGCACCCCUUGCCCCCGUACUCACAGACGACUACCGAGAUCACAGCAGCCACGUCCGCCUCGUCACCGAAGAGCCCAUGCUCUGCUGCACGCUGCUGAUGAUCGCAUCCCGCUACUUCAUCCUCCCCGGCGCCGGCGGCGUCUCCCGAAGCCACUUCAUCCACCAGCGACUCUGGCAGUACUGCGAGCUCCUGAUCCGGCGGAUCAUGUUCGGACAGGAGAAGCACUCGACUGCAAAGACGCGCAUCGUCGGCUCGAUAGAAAGCCUCAUCCUCAUCUCCGACUGGCAUCCGCGCUCUGUGCACUUUCCGCCGGAUACCGAGGGUUGGGACGCGGAGUUGAUCUCGCCUGCGUAUGACCGGCGGAAUCGAGUGCAUACGAAUGGCGAUGUCCCGCUCAUUCGCUGGCGUGAGGAUGUGUUUGAGCCUGCAAGGCGCUCGGAGCGGAUGUCGUGGAUGUUUCUUGGUGCGGCAACGAGUUUGGCUUAUGAGUUGGGCAUCUUUGAUAGUGCGGGUGCGAAUAGUUCUCCGCUGAGCGCUCGUUGUCAUCGGGCGGCUAGUCUUCUCUACAUCUAUGUGACGCAAAUGGCUGUCAAAAUGGGCUGUUCUUCAUUGCUUCCGGAGAACAUUGCAGUCCAAAAUAUGGACACGCACUGGACGGCGUCCAUUCGCCUCUGGACGGACCUCACUAGGCUGAUGAAGACGGCAUCGGCCAUGUUCUUCCAGUCAAUGGCAUCCACCAAGCAGCAGCUGGGGUCGGGUCAGUACCUCAUUCUUCUGCAGCAUUUUGCUCCCUCUCUAGACCGCUGGCAUGAGCAAUUUACAGCAUCGUCAGACAUCCCCCAAGCCCUCGGCUCCCUCAUCCUGAUCGAAUACCACUACCUCCAAAUCUGCACAAGCGCCCUUUCCAUCCAAGCCGUCGUCGAACGCGCCGUCGCCCGUUCGUCAGCGCACCUCGGCGAAACCGAAGGCGUAGAAUCCUGCAUCCUCCCACAGGACCACACAUUCAUCCGCAACGUCGUCACAGGCAGCCGGAGUGUCCUCGAGAUCGCAACCUCGAUGGCUGCAGAGGGCCGUCUGCGAUACGCACCGCUGCGUGCGCUUGUCUGUAUAACAUCUUCAUCCAUCUUCCUCCUCAAGGCGAUUAGUCUCGGUGGGCGCCAUGCAGACCUCCAGACUUCGCUUGAUAUUCUUGACAGAUGUAUCCUCGCGCUUAGAUCGUCUGGUACAGACGACAUGGACUUUUCGCUCCGCUACGCAACUCUGCUAGAAAAACACGUCGCUCGAUUCCGCGCGAAUUUCAUCCUCCCUCACCAGCCCGCCCCCUUCAAUACAGGCACAGGCGCUCUGCCGACACCUACCGUUUCUCAACGACAUGACAACCCACUCUCAAUAACCCCCGCAACCCCAUACACCCAUCCAAGCUCCACUAGUAUGCUCUGGCCACAGCAACAAUACCCAUCCCUUGACCAAAUGCCCGCCGCCGAAGACUGGUGGGCGCGCCCGUUUGACCCGAACAUCGCGCCGUUUAGUACUCAUGGCAAUGCGGGGGAGGGAGUCUCGCUGGGACUGGAGCUGGAUUCUUUGGACUUUUUGUGGAAUUUGCCGAUUGUUGAUGGGGUGGAUAUGCAGACGUAGUAAGUAGUCAUAGUCGUAUAAGAAUUAAACUACUGUAAUGGAAUUUUUGAAUAAACUAUGGUAUGGUCGA